AUGUUUUGUUGUUCAUCUUAAAAAAAAAAAUAAAAUCCAAAAGCUACAUAGGAACUAUUUGAAUCAGGAAAUCCUUAGAAUGGAGCGUAAUGAUUUAUAAUUUGACAUUUAGAGGUUUUUAACAUCAAGAGGUAGCUCCUGAAAUAGAUGAUAGACCAAAAAAGCAUCAUUCAAUGGGAUAUUAAGUAUAAGAUGAAAAUGUAUCAGCAUCUAUUUGUCCUUCUUUUGUAGUAGGAAAAACACCAUUCACUGUUUUCGUGAUGAGGGUUCUUGAAAAAUAAUAGAAAAUGAAAUAAGAAUUGCAGUAGUAAGAGGAGAUGAAAAUUGACUUUUAGGAGGAUCUAAGUGUCAUUGUUAAUUAUCCUUAAAUAUAAGCUGAAGUAAAAAACAAUGAAAAUGAUAAAUCGCAAUUUGAAGAAAUAGCAGAAGAACCAAUUCAAGAAGAGGAUGAUGAAGAUGAUAGAGAAAUGUCAGAAGAAGAAGCUAAAAAUGCAGCUAUUUACAAAUGGGCAAGAGAAGUUCAUGAUUAUAAUGCAGACAAUACAGAAACAUUAAUAUUAUAAGCGGUGUCUAAUUUUAAACCAUUGCAAUCUAAAGAGGAAUCUAGAUCUACCCUGGCCCAUAAAGAUGGAGGAAAAGUAUGCAGAAACAAAAAACUUAUUAGAACAUUAAGAGCUAUAGGCAGAGACAUAAUCAAUUAAAUAGGUAGGCAAAUAUUAUCUGGAAAUUUGAAUCUCACUACAGUUUCAUUUCCUAUCAAAGCUAUGAUUCCUAAAUCUGCUUUGGAGAAAGUAUUGAUGUCUAGUUGUUUAUUUCCACUUUAUAUUAAUAGAGCUACACAAGAAAAGGAUCCAAUUGAAAGAGUAUUAAAUUUAUCUAUUUUUUAUAGUUAAAGCUCAUUAUUUGCGCCACAUUAGGAAACUUUUAUGUUAAUUGUUCUUUCUUAAAACCUCUAAAUCCUAUUCUUGGAGAAACUAUUUCUGGAUUUUAUUAAGACGGUACAAUUGCAUAUGCUGAAUAAAUUUCCCAUCAUCCACCUGUGAGUUAUUUUCUAACAAUUGGACCUAAAAAUAGUUAUAGAUUUUAUGGAUAUUAUAAUUAUGAAGCGAAAGCAGGAUUUAAUUCAUUAUCAUUAAAAAAUAAAGGAAAAAGAUAUUUAUCAUUUCCAGGUGGAGAUCUUAUAGAAUAUAAUUUCGCUGGAGAAGAAUAUAGCGGUAGUUUUUGGGGACCAAUGAAGGUAGAAUGUAAAGGCAAAAUCAAUUUUGUUGAUAAAAAAAAUGAUAUAACUGCUUGUGUAGAAUUAAAUGGUGUUACAUGGAAACCAACUGAUUAUUUAUAAGGAGAAAUCAAAAAGAAAGGAAAAAAAGUAUGCAAAAUUUAUGGCUCAUAUAUGGGUUAUAUUGAAUUUGCAGAAGUUAGAUAUUGGGAUGUUAAUUAUAUUAGACCCUAUGAAUGCAAGAUUUUUAAACCUAAUCCUUUGUUAUAAAGUGAUGCUUCAUUUAGAUAAGGUAUAUACUAUUCAUAUAUCACUAGAUCUAAGAUGUCUGAAAAGAAAUUAAGUCUUAGAAGCCCAAGAAUAAAAAGAUACUUUAGAAAUGGCAUAAAGAUAGGAGGCUAAAUUAAGAAAAUUAAAAAAAUGA